GUCAUUGUAUUCGAAACCGUUGUUCCACCUUCCUUGCGACUUGAAUCUCAACAAUCGUCACUCCUUCACACAGCUCCAGCACCUUUAGAAAUCCACUGCUUCUGCCACGCCUCCCUCCCUCUCGACCGACUCAACGACUACGAUCUGCUCAGCAACGUUCAGCCUCGAUUGUCCGCCAUCAUGUCCUCCUCCGAGCCCGUAAACCUCUUUUCCCCCACCCUCAUCUCCCCCGCCGUGCUCUCCGCCCUUCCCGAAGGCUACUCGAUGCGACCUCUCCAGCGCUCUGAUUUCUCCCACGGCUUUCUGGAUGUAUUGAGGGUGUUGACGACUGUGGGGGACGUCACACAGCAAGAGUUUGAGGAGCGGUUCGAUCAGAUGAAAGGCACUUCAGGGUCGGGAGGUUAUCAUAUUUUGGUGGUGAUAGACGGAGACAGCAAGAUUGUUGGAACAGGAGCGUUGAUUGUUGAGAGGAAGUUCAUUCACCACCUCGGCCUGGUCGGUCACAUCGAAGACAUCGCCGUGACAAAAGACCAACAAGGCAAGAAGUUGGGACUGCGCAUCAUUCAAGCGCUGGACUUCGUGGCGGAGAAUACGGGCUGUUACAAGACAAUCUUGGACUGUUCCGAGGCAAACGAGGGGUUCUAUGUGAAGUGUGGAUUCAAGCGAGCGGGGUUGCAGAUGGCGCAUUAUUAUGAGAGGUCGUAGGAGAGAUCGGACGACAGGGGGAAAAGGAAGGCUUGGGUUGGGGGGAUGUCGGGAGCAGGAAUAGACGGCUAGCUUCAUCUUGACUGCUGGCUGAAGAGAAAGAUUCGGGAUGAUGAUGGCAUCGAUGAAAGGAGAGGAAAUAUAGAAAGUAGAGCGUUGGCACGGGAAGAGAGCAAUAGCACCAAUAUAUCCUGCGCCAAGCACUUAAAUCCCAGAACUUCCUUUUCG